AGUAAGAAAAAACUGCAUUUUAUGGGUCAUUCCUUCAGCAUCUGAUUUCUCUAAUGUCGCACGCGCGAAUCGCAUAAUGGAAGAUUGCACCAAGGAUUGCUUUAAUGCACGUGAAAAAAGUAUAUCAUAUCAACGCAUGUGUGAAUUUAAUGCAGCAAGAACAAAAAACUUAUUGCGCAAUGUUAAGGAAAAAGAGUCUUGAUAUACACAGAAAUAGUCAAGAGGAAGCAUUUCUCUGUUAAAUAAACAAAACAAUCCAAAGCACGCGGUUCAACCAUUAUUUACUAUUUUGAUUAGUUGUAAAAGUAUGUAAAAGAAUGGAUACUUGCCAUUAUAACAGUUUAUUGUCUAAAAGCUUAUUUAUUGACAGCAAGAAUGAUUCUAAUGAGGAUUCAACUACCGAUGAAGAAAUUGAUGUAGGUGAGGAAGAUCCUGUUCCGACUGAAAGAGAAUAUGCUGUCGAAAGUGAAGAAGAGGAAGAAGACAGUGAAGAUGACGACGACGAUGAUGAAGAAGACAGUUCUGAUAGUAAUAAAUUCAUUAGGAAACGUAUAGUACCUAUGGUUCCAGCACGAUCUCGUCAGAAUGGAAGAACAACUAAAACUGUCAAAAAGAAAAGAAAUCAUAACAAUAUGGAGCGAGUGCGACGUGAGAAGGUUUCAAUGUGCUAUGCUGUUUUAAGAAGUGCUAUUGGUGUUAAAGAUGUUUCUCGUAAUAAGUCGCUGGAAGUAGCGACUGACCUUAUUAACAAAUAUAAUGCCAGGUUGAGAGAAGUCGAUCAAAGAAUAGAAGAUUAUGAAAAUAAAAUUAAGAACAUGAUGGUUGGUGAUGCUGGGAUGAUGCCAACUCAGAAUAAUGGAAACAAAUAUGCUAGACGCUAACAAUGUUCGUGCUAGUGUUUUGGACUGUUAUGUUUUCACAUUUUGAUCUAAUAUCAUCUUUUUUUUAAUAUUAGAAUCUCUGUUUCAAAAGCAAUCAUUCACUAUAUUUUUACUGAAUUGUGUAAAUAUGUAUUUUUAAGUUUUCUCAUCUCAUACUUAAAUUCACAAAAUUAAUUACGUAUUAAAGUGAGCUUACGAUUAUGUUAUUCUUUGUUUCAUUUGUCGCAUACACCAUCUUUCUCACGCAACUCUUGAGAAGAAAGUGUAAAUCACUAGAAAAUAUUUUUAAUAAAAAUUUAGUCUUUUCACUA